GCAGGCCACCAGUGUCUGAAGUUAUUUCAGUGGAUGUCUUUUUUGUUUCACAAAUAUAGAUUGCUGACGCAGUUUCAUAGCCGUAAAUAGCCCCUUCCAGACACUCUUGCUGAGAUUAGUUCCAAAGGAUCCCUGGAGUAGCGAAGAGUGCUAUAGCAUCGUAUGGGCAGCGGGCCCAAAAGCACAUAUUACUGCACUUGCGCAACAACUAGUCUGGAUUGCUGCAGUACUUCGUGUCCCUAAUACGGAGAUAUCCUACUCCGACGUGCAGAUGUCUCCAGAAGAGAGGUGGUGGAAGGGGUUCGAGCGAGCCGAACGUGAUCCUAAGAUGCGCGACCCUGACGAAGCAGCUGAAUUCAGCAUUACAGUCAACAGCACUGUACAAAUACCUUCCACUGAAAGGAGAUGCUGGGCUUCACUGUUCGAUGGAUGUGUGGUUGCACGCGGGUUUCCAGCCCCUGAACGCGGUGAUGAAAUUGGCCUCGAACUGCCGUUCGACAUGAUGACAGAGUUCUCUAGCAUGUCAUAUAUGUUCGAGUACCCGAAAGGGUUGGCGAUGAGAGGCUACUCUUCUAUUCUCAUCCCUCAGCGGGAAACACGGCACGGAGUACAAUGGCACUACGUCCACAAAGAUCCCAAACAAGGAGAGCUCAUGAUUACCGACGUCGAGGAUCAGUUCCAAGAUGCCUUUCGAAGGAACCCAGUCCAGGAACCGAUGGAAUGCACUAAUGUGUCUCCCUACGACCCCGAGACCAAUCGUGUGAAUAUACCGCCUCGAAGGGAUGGAUAUCAUCCUCUAUUUGUCGACUUUUCAACGAAACGAGCCUUUCUUGGCCACAGCACAAGCUCCUUGGUGUACCUCGGUGCCAGGAAUCUCGAAACCGGAGAAACAGAGUGCGGCACUAUCCGACCGACUGACGCUGGCAUUGAUAAAUCGACCUGGAUAGCUAGGGAGGCAGUAUCGACCCUCGUUGUCCCAGGUAUGGGUAUUCUGGGUGCUAAUCUGCAAGCAAAAUUUAUUGUCUCGAAAGCAACGAGCACGAAGCACUUCUCAACAAUUCGCCAAAACCUCUUGGAUCGAUUAACAAAUGCGAAGAACCGCAACACAAUCGUUGUAGAUGUUGGCACGAAGCAAGCCUAUUACGUGUCAGAGCUCAGUGUCGUUUUAGAGGCACUCCAUAUCUGGGCCAAAAAUCGGGAGGAUGAGGCGCUUUUGGAAAUUAUCCCACGUGCAACUCCUUCGCCAGAUGGCGGGAAUGCUUCAUACAAUGCGAUAUUUGAAUCGAGGGGCGCCCUUCUAGUAGAAGGCUUGGGAAAUGAAAAGGAUGUGCAUGUGGCCGAUCAAGUACACGCCAUCAUGGACGAGAUCGAACUUCGCAAAGAUUGUAACCUCUCGAGUCAAGAAGAAGGUGCAAGGGUUAGAACAUUCCUUAGAAGCGGACGUCGUCUGUAUGGAUGGGACUUAUUCGACGUUGCGCUCGGCAUCAGAGGAAGCUCCAGGAAGUUUGUCGACGUUGACCCGACCAGGAGCGGGAACUGGGUAACUAUACCGGAAGUGGACAAAAGCAUGAUUGUCCUGUUCACGCAAGGGUUGAAGCAACCAAUACGGCCGGCCUCCUCACACGGUUUAUGUCGAACUUGGAACCCCCUCCCGGAACAGCGAUUCUUACUCCUAGCCAGCAUCCCCUGCAUUCUGCGAAAGUGUUCUCAAGACAACCCCAAGUUGUCCGAGUUCCACCACUGCGUCCCAUCUCCCCAAAGCAAGCUGUUUGAACCAUGCGAAUUCGACCAUGGACCAGUCUGCUACCGUGCCCAGCACCUAGACAAGAAAGUCUCGACACAAUCCCUUGAUUUUGGUUCGGCUAAAGAAGGCUCUGUCAUUUUUGGUGGCCAGGGGACCCUCCGCAGGCCCGUUGAAGGACAUUGUAUGCAGUACACGGGUUGAACGGCAUUCUUCAAACCUGGGCAUCGCAUUUGUCGGAAGCCAUUUUGUUUUUCGAAACGACGAUGUUGAAGCCUUCCCUGCUCCACUUGCGAUUCCAAGGAGCACUCGCAGGGAGGAGCUUACGUCUAAAGCACACAG